AUGGCAUUCGUAUCCAACGGAUCUGAGUACGACUUCGUCGUUGUCGGCGGUGGUACCGCAGGCAAUGCAAUUGCCGGUCGCCUCGCUGAGAACCCCGACGUCCGCAUUCUGGUCGUCGAGGCCGGUAUCCCAAACCCCGACCAAAUUGACCAGAUCACCACUCCCUCCAAGGCUUUCACUCUUCGCGGCAGCAAAUACGACUGGUCCUACAAGACGACCAUGAUCAAGCGAGAAGACUAUGAGCGAGUCGAAAAGCCCAACACCCGUGGAAAGGCCCUCGGUGGAUCUUCCUGCGCCAAUUACUUCACCUGGAUUCCUGGCUCCAAGCCCACAUUCGAUGACUGGGAGGCUUUCGGUGGCCGCGACUGGAACUGGGAUAACUGUGUCGACUACCUGCGCAAGUGCGCCACUUAUCACGACGAUGAAAAGCUUUAUCCCACUGAUCUUGCCAAGAUUGGCACCGGUGGCCCUGUGCAGAUCUCCCAUGCCGACUUGGUUCCGGAGAUGAAGCCUUUCCGCGAUGCGCUUACUGAAGCUUGGGUCUCCAAGGGCCAGCCCCUUAGCGAAGACAUCUACUCUGGAGAAAUGAAGGGUCUCACUCACUGUGUUGACACUAUCUACCAGGGUGAGCGCCAGGGCAGCUUCCUCUACCUGAAGAACAAGCCCAAUGUCACCAUUCUCUACGGUGUUCAAUCCAAGAAGCUGAUCAUCGAUCCUACUACCCAUGUCUGCUCCGGUGUCACUGUCAUCAGCGACGAGUACAAUACCGAGCUCAGCGUCUACGCCAGCCGCGAAGUCAUCCUGUCCCAGGGUGUGUUCGAGACACCCAAGCUCCUGAUGCUGAGCGGUGUCGGACCCGCUGAUGAGCUUGCCAAGCACGGCAUCACACCGAUUGUCGAGUCCCCUCACGUCGGCCAGCAUCUCCUCGACCACCCAAUUGUGCCUUUCGUUCUCGAAGUCAAGGAAGGAUACAGUCUCGAUGACCAUAUCCUCCGCACCGGUCCCCUCAACGACCAAGCCAUUUCCACCUAUCAAAAGGACAAGACUGGCCCUGCCAGCUCCGGAUUCCUCGAGCUCGUCGGUUUCCCCCGUAUCGACGAGCGCCUGCAGAAAUACCCCGCCUACCGCGAGGCCAAGGCUGCGAACGGUGGACUCGAUCCCUUCGGACCCGCUGGUCAGCCUCACUUCGAGCUCGACUUCGUUGGCCUGUUCAGCACCGCAUUCCAAUGGCACUACCCAUUGCCCCCGAAGGGUCACUACAUGACCGUUAUCGUUGAUUUGCUCCGACCUCUUUCCGAGGGCGAGGUCACUCUCAACAACGCAAACCCCCAGGUUCAACCCAACAUCAACCUCAACUUCUUCGGCAACGAUCUUGAUAUCCUGGCCAUGCGCGAAGGUGUCCGCUGGACAUACGAUGUUUUGACCAAGGGCUCUGGCUUCAAGGAUAUCGUUGUCUCCGAGUAUCCCUGGAAGAUGCCCCUUGAAUCUGACGAGGACAUGAACCGGGCUGUUCUCGAUCGCAGCCAGACUGGAUUCCACCCAUGCGGUACUGCCCGUCUCUCCAAGAGCAUCCACCAAGGUGUUGUUGACUCCAAGCUUCGAGUCCACGGAGUUCGCAACCUCCGUAUUGCGGACGCUUCGGUCAUCCCUGUCAUUCCUGACUGUCGUAUUCAAAACUCGGUUUACAUGAUCGGCGAGAAGGGUGCGGAUAUCAUCAAGGCUGAGCACAAGGAUCUCUAUGCGGCUAAGAAUAUUCCUCUUCUUGUCUCUAGCAAACUGUGA